GGAGGGCAAUGAAACAGCCAUCGUUUGCGUUCAAAAUGGCAGUUUUCAAAGUGACAGAAUGGUCACAAAAUAGUGGAAAUAAAAGGAUAUGCUAACACAACAGCUGGCAAAUCUUUUUUAAGGCUUCUGGAGUUUAUUUAUUAUAUGAAAAGCCAUGGAUACCACCACAUCUCUAAAGAUGUCCACUCUGGCCACCCAGAGCCUCUUCAGCGCGGUAGAGGAGGAAGACAUGGCAGCCAUCAGGGCUCACUUGGACAAGUUCAAGGAGGUGGACGGACGCAGUGAAAGCGGGCAGACGGCACUGAUGUUGGCCGCAGAGCAGGGGAGCUUGGAGAUCGUCCAGGAGCUAAUCAAGAGGGGAGCCAAUAUCAACCUGGAUGAUGUUGACUGUUGGACGGCACUGAUCUCGGCAACCAGGGAGGGACACGUUGAGGUGGUGAAGGAGCUGCUUGCCAGCAAUGCCAACCUGGAGCACCGGGAUAUGGGUGGUUGGAGCGCCCUCAUGUGGGCGGCCUACAAGGGGCGCACUGAAGUGGCCAGGCUAUUGCUUGAGAAGGCAGCUAAUCCCAACAUCACUGGACAGUAUAGCGUCUACCCCAUUAUCUGGGCGGCAGGGCGAGGUCAUGCUGAGAUCGUCCGCCUUCUGCUCCACUAUGGAGGCAAAGUCAACUGUUCUGACAAGUAUGGCACCACACCCCUGAUCUGGGCAUCCAGGAAGGGCCACUAUGAAUGCGUGAUGCACCUGCUAGACAAUGGGGCCGACGUGGACCAGGAAGGCGCGAACUCCAUGACGGCUCUCAUUGUGGCCGUGAGGGGCGGCUACACUGAGGUGGUCAAAGAGCUCCUGCAGAGGAACCCCAACGUCAACAUGACGGACAAGGACGGCAACACGGCCCUGAUGUUCGCUGCCAAGGAGGGCCACACCGAGAUCGUUCAGGACCUCCUGGACGCUGGAACAUACGUCAACAUUCCAGACAGGAGCGGCGACACUGUGCUGAUCGGAGCCGUGCGGGGAGGCCACGUGGAGAUAGUCAGAGCCUUGCUGAACAAAUACGCCGACAUCGACAUCAGAGGUCAGGACAGUAAGACUGCCCUGUACUGGGCGGUGGAGAAAGGGAACGCGACCAUGGUGAGAGAUAUCCUGCAGUGUAACCCCGAUACUGAGACCUGCACCAAGGAUGAAGAGACCCCUCUGAUCAAAGCCACAAAGAUGAGGAACAUCGAGAUUGUGGAGCUCCUGCUGGAUAAAGGAGCCAAGGUGUCAGCUGUGGACAAGAAAGGAGACACCGCGCUUCACAUCGCCAUCCGCGGGCGUAGCCGCAAGCUGGCCGAGCUCCUCCUGAGAAACCCCAAAGAUGGCCGCCUGCUGUACCGGCCCAACAAGGCCGGGGAGACGCCCUACAACAUCGACUGCACCCACCAGAAGAGCAUUCUCACCCAAAUCUUCGGAGCCAAACACCUGUCCCCCACGGAGACGGACGGGGACAUGUUGGGGUACGACCUGUACAGCAGCGCGCUGGCGGACAUCUUGAGUGAGCCCACCAUGCAGCCGCCCAUCUGCGUGGGCCUGUACGCCCAGUGGGGCAGCGGCAAGUCCUUCCUGCUCAAGAAACUGGAGGAUGAGAUGAAGACGUUCGCGGGGCAGCAGGUGAAGCCUCUUUUCCUGUUCUCCUGGCUGGUGGUGCUUCUGACGCUCCUGCUGUGUGGCUCCGUGGCGCUGAUCCUGGGCUUCACUGUCGACCCCCGCUUGGCCAUCGCCGUGUCUCUCAGCCUCCUUGCCCUGCUCUACAUCUUCUUCGUGGUGGUAUACUUCGGUGGGCGCCGGGAGGGUGAAAGCUGGAAUUGGGCGUGGGUUCUUAGCACCCAUCUGGCACGGCACAUCGGCUACCUGGAGCUGCUGCUCAAACUGAUGUUCGUCAACCCCCCAGAACUCCCUGAGCAGACCACCCGUGCACUGCCAGUCAGGUUCCUCUUCACUGACUAUAACCGGCUGUCCAGCGUGGGGGGAGAGACCUCCAUGGCUGAGAUGAUUGCCACGCUGUCAGAUGCCUGUGAGAGGGAGUUUGGCUUCCUGGCCACCAGGCUGUUCAGGGUCUUCAAGACAGACGAGACCCAAGGGAAGAAGUGGAAGAAGACGUGCUGCGUUCCGUCCUUUGUCAUUUUCGUCUUCAUUCUGGGGUGCCUGAUCACGGGGCUAGCCCUGCUGGCGGUCUUCAAGGUGGGCCGUGAGAACUUGACCGUGAACGCGGUCCUCAUCAGUGUGGCCAGCGCGGUCGGCUUGGCUCUGGUGCUGAACUGCCGCACGUGGUGGAAGGUUCUGGACUCGGUACUCAACUCGCAGAGGAAGCGUCUCCACGGUGCUGCCAACAAGAUGCACAAGCUGAAGAGCGAGGGGUUCAUGAAGGUGCUAAAGUGUGAGGUGGAGCUGAUGGCCAAGAUGGCAAAGACCAUUGAUUGCUUCACCCAGAACCAGACCCGUCUGGUGGUCAUCAUCGACGGACUAGACUCCUGCGAGCAAGACAAAGUGCUGCAGAUGCUGGACACGGUGAGGGUGCUGUUCUCCAAGGGCCCCUUCAUCUCCAUCUUCGCCAGCGACCCCCACAUCAUAAUCAAGGCCAUCAACCAGAACCUGAACAGUGUGCUGCGCGACUCAAACAUCAACGGGCACGACUACAUGCGCAACAUCGUUCACCUGCCCGUCUUCCUCAACAGCCGAGGCCUCAGCACCAACAAGAAGCUGUGCAUGGCUGCGCCCACCAACGGGGACCUUCCUGGACCUGACGCACCCUCUCACCCUCCAACUGUCUCACUCUCUGCCCUCUCUCUACCCUCUCUAUGCCCUCUCGCUGCAGGCUACUACGAGGACGUGGACCGAAAGUGCAGCCUCGGGGAUCAGGCCAAGCAGGGGAGCAAGACAGCGCUCAACCGAAGGGACACCUACCGGAGAAGACAGAUGCAGAGGACCAUCACACGCCAGUUGUCCUUCGAUCUGACCAAGCUGCUGGUCACUGAGGACUGGUUCAGUGACAUCAGCCCACAGACCAUGAGGAGACUGCUCAAUAUUGUGUCCGUCACAGGCCGCCUACUGCGGGCCAAUCAGAUCAUGUUUAACUGGGACCGGCUGGCGUCCUGGAUCAACCUGACCGAGGAGUGGCCCUACCGAACGUCCUGGCUCAUACUGUUCCUGGAGGAGACUGAAGGAGUCUCUGACCAGGCCACGCUGAGGAGCAUCUACGAGAGGAUUUCAAAAAACAUUCCAACAACUAAAGAUGUGGAGCCCUUGCUUGAGAUUGACGGGGACAUCCGCAGCUUUGAGGUAUUCCUCUCCUCGAGAACCCCCUUCCUCACUGCACAUGAUGUCGAGACCUUCCUGCCCUGCACCGUCAACCUGGACCCAAAGCUCAGGGAGAUAAUCGCAGAUGUACGUGCCGCCCGGGACCAGAUGCAGAUCGGAGGAGUGACCUAUCCCACACUGCCUCUGCAGGAGGCCGCACCCCGAGCCACCUCCAUCUUCAAUCAGCUCUCCACCGCCUGCUCCCCCUCCGGUUCCUUCACAGGUCAUUUCCCACCCCCGGGGGGGGCCCCCCCCAGUAGCUACUACAGCGGAAUGACCGGACCCCAGCACCCUUUCUACAACAGGCCGUACUUCCCACACCAUGUCUAUCAUGUGCCAAGGUAUUAUGCUGGCACUACCAAUCAUCCUCCACCCCGCCCUUCCAUUAAAACUACAUUUCCCAGGGAUACCAGCAGUGGACUUGGCUUGGUGCCGCUGAGCUCCUUGAACACAGACCGUGUGUGUGAGCGACUCCAGCAGAUCAAAGGCCUGGACCAGAGCAUGGUGGAGCAGUACACCAGCACCAUCAAGAAGGCCAAUGUCAACGGCAGAGUCCUGUCCCAAUGUGACCUCCAAGAGCUCAAGAAAGAGAUGGAGAUGAACUUUGGGGACUGGCAGCUCUUCAAAGGAAUGGUGGUGGAACUGCGUCACAUGGAGACCCAGGCCUUGCACGAGGACCCCAGUGGGGGUGUUGAGCAGGUCGCUGCCAGCGGCCCAGGACUGGGGGACACAGCGCAGCGGCAAGCCGUCGCCAACGAAGGCGGGUCCAAUCGAGACAGCUCCCUCUCCUACAGCUUCAACCUGAGCUUCGAGGAGCUGUCCAGUGUGGGCCUGGACGAGGCUCAGAGACCCUAUCACGGCCCCUGGAUGGCCAGCGCACACCGAGCCGGCAGCCCGACCAGCGUCAACUCCCAGGAGUCCUCCACCGAGGCGGGCAAGUUGACCGAGCUGACGGACAGGCAGCAGGCCGAAUACCGCGACGCCUACAGGGAGUACAUCACCCACAUCGGCCAACUGGAGGCUGCCGGAGAGAAACCCGCCCACCCCCCGCCCCCCCCGCCCGGCGACGACAAGGGCAGGGACGCCGACCGCAAGCCGUCGGCCAAGAUGGGCGCCAGGCCUCCGGACGCUCUCGAAACGACCCCCGCGCCCGCCGACGCGUCUCCGCUCGACCCCAUCUCCGAGGAGGACGACGACAGGCCCGGCCACGCCCGCUCCCUGCUGGGCCUGGCCAGGCCGGGGCCCAAGGCCAAGUUCCCGGGGCCGCGCUACCACAAGCUGGCGAGCGAGGACGAGGAGUCCGGGGUGGAGGAGUCGGACAGGGCCCCGCUCCUGGGGACGGGGGCCGGCGGGGAUGCCCUCCGCAAGAAGAACUCGUCCGACUCCGGCAUGAGGUCCGAGGAAAGCUCGCCCGACCCUUCGGCCCGGGGCGAGGAGGAGGAGGAGGAGGAGGAGGAGGAGAGGGACCCGCUGAUCGAGCUCAACGGCGACGGCCCCGCCCGGAUGAGGGAGCGGCCCCCCAGGAGCCUCAGCGGCCUGCCGGACCCGGUCCUCGCCCGCAUGUCCAUCUGCUCCGAGGGGCCCUCCGAGGGCAGCCUGGCAGCCAGCAGCCCGGACGAGAGCUGGCCCCCGCCCCGCGGCUACAACCUGAACCGCAACGCCAGCAACACCACGCUCAACAACAACAGCAACGCCUCCACUGAGGAGACCCCGCUCAUCAUCGCCCCAGGCUCCGCCCCGCGCAACGACAACCUGAAGACCGGCCCCGUGACCUCCGACUCUGUCAACUACGAGGAGGAGAGGGAGAGCAUCCUGUGACCAGGAGACAUGCCCUGACGUGUGCGUUAGAUGUCUUCGUGGUACAUGUCAAGAUUAGGCAGAAAUGAAGUAGAACAGUGAGCUUGUACUUUUCUUUGGUUACAAACCAGAAAUGGAGAAUCGCAGACGACUGCCCUGAUAUGCAGGAUGCGACCUACGUUACUUUGCUGCUUCCCUAAUCACAGUUUCUUUAACAAAAUGUUGAUGGUAAAUCAAUGUCGGGCUAAUGUCAAUGUUAGGAUGACAUGAAGGUAUGUAUACACUGAACCUAUAAUAGCAUACAAAUAUGGUUGUUACAUAUCAAAUUUGGGUUUAGUGAUGGAUAUGCAUUUCAAAUAUAUACAAGCUUGGUAGUUUUGUUUGGUGCUAGUGGAGUGGUGCAGAAAAUCGUGGAGUGACUAUAGUCUUCGAAAUAGCCAGUGUAACUGAAGGACACAGGUGUUUGAAGUUAGCUUGCAUGGCUACGGUGUGUGUAAAUUGUGUUUGACUGAUUUUGUGGAUUAUUCCCAGAACGGCAUGUGACACACAUUACGUCCAGGUUAUGCCGAGUGUUAACGGGGUUUAUCGCUUAACGACAUCCAUCCUAAAGAAAACUACUUUUAUAGCCAGACUGCAAUACCAUCCCUGCAGGAAGUAGUUUUUCUGUGAGUUCUUCUGAUUCCUAGUUGUAAUGUAAUUCCCACACCGGUUUGAGAAGUUUGAGAAGAAUCCCCUCUGCUCCUUUUGUUGACUGUUCAAAGGAAUCAUGGAUAUAUCAAACGUGGACAUUGUGUUAGAUCAGCUGAAAUUUGGUGUGUGUCAGUUAGGAGUGUUGUAUGCACUGUGCCGUGUGUUGUCUCUGGCUGAAAACUGACGUUGCGGUGCCAUGAAAAUAAACACCCGGUCAUUUUGGCUAAAUAAAA